AAUUGAAGACCUUCGACCUCAAGCACGACUUACAUAGCGAGACGUGCCCGACGACCUUGGCCACUUCUUACACACUGAACUCGACCAAGUAUUGUGGAAUCGCUAUUAUCUUGCGAUUUGAGAGUGGUUUUCGGCAACAUUUUUUCAUUAAUGGCAGCAUCACAGCCUUGGGCUAUCGUAGAGAUCAAGAUCAGAAUGCGCAUACGGGCUGUUGACUCACAUGCGCGCACCCGCCAGAGAUAGGAGAGGCAAGUGCAUCAAUACCAAGCAUAUAACGAAGUCCAACUGCGAAAUCUCGUGAUUCUAACGAAAUUCACACUUUGCCAUUUCAAUGCCAAAGGCAGAAAUAGAGUCGAGUCAAGAGCAGGUCAUACCAAGAGAACACACAGUAGUAGCUCUUGCGGAAAAUGUGGUGAAAGAGUUCCAACGCAGGCUCGAAAGCGGGACCCUUGAUAAAUUGGAUCCAACAACAAUCAUAAAGACGACUGAAGAAGUAGCGGCUCAAGAGAAGCCACAGUCAAAGUCCGGGCAGCCAGCAGAAUCAGGGUCGUUUGCUCUACAAGACAGAGUGAUCUCCUCGGAGGGUAGAUCAUCUUCACGGGAAAACGGAACAACGACAGCAUCUUCUCCCAAUGUAACGGUCCCGCUCACAGGUGCAAUAGCCGCAACACGAAUGGUUGCUGUCUCACAGGAACAUGCAGAAGCUUCAUCUUCGAGUACAACACCUACACCGACAAGUUCCACAGCCACACAAAGGAAAGUAUCUGCCGGCCAAGGCAAAAAAGGUGCAAAAGUUACCACAACCGCAGCAGACAAUGCAGCUGCCUCACCAGGUGAGACUGCAUCACAUGCGAACGCCAGCACUGGUUCGCCGGAGGACAAACCUGCAACCAAUUCUGCGUCAAAGGAUGAAACCCCUCAAGCACGAAAGACCACCUCAGCGCCGGCGGCAGCUUUAGAGCAGCUAGAUACUGCUUCGUUAACGACUGAAACUUCUCAGCCAGUGGCGGCUAGCCCUCCUUCAACUGAGGUGACACUUCCACCUGACGACGACGGACCUCCAUCUGCGAAGAAAGGUCGUAGGGAAGAUUGUAUUGUACAGGGUAGCGAAUGCAGUUAUGGGGUGGAAGGUGGCCUGGUAACCGAAUCUUUGGAGUUACCCCGUUUUAAUUAUACUCCCGAUUGCAUGCCGGGGCGAAACGAUGUUUUAGGUCUAGUACUAGCACAAAUCAUCAACCAAAUUGAGGAUGUGUUAGCCAAUGACACUGCUGCUGAGGGUCAGGCUAAUACAGGUCGGGGGGGUGCAAUAAAUCGAGGAGGUGGCAUAGCAACAGCAGACGAGUGUCCGACAGCAAGUCGACCUGGCGAUAACGACUCUCAAUGCCAAUGUCAUCAGACCACGACAGCCCAAUCGCUCGGCCAGCUUUUAGCUGGCAACACAAUAACUCCAAUCGUUAUAUCGCGUAUCGAUCGACGCCCGAGGAGGUCAGGCGAGAACAGCAAUGCGAACCCAGAUUGUUCUGACAAUGAACAGAGCCACGGAUCACUAUGCUGGGGCCAUGUGGUCGACUGCGAAUCAUCGGAGGCCUGUCGAACGAACGAUUCGACGGUAACAAUUCGAGGCGAUACGACACCUUCACCCGGCGGUGAAAACAUAACAGAAGAUAAUAAUACACAGCAAGACCCCGACCUGUCCGCUAUGAGCACGCCGAAUGAGCGUAUCAUUAUUAUCAUAGAACUCAGCGACUCUGAUAUGCAACAAGCGCUAGCUUCGAACCCAGCUGUUACUGCUGACCCGAACUCGGCUGCAACGGAUGGGCAGGCAGCUGCAAGUACAAAUGAGCUGCUACAGCCGACAACAAAUGGAACUAGUCAAACGCCUACAGGUCCGACCAUUGUAUCAUUACUAGAUGAACCACAAACACGUUUUCAGCGUCUUCUCAGAGCUGCUCAGAACUCGAAUCAAGAGGCUGUCAGUACCUCGAACCCACAACGAAGUCAGAUCCGAAGACCACGAAUGAGAGAGUCCAGCGACACUUCCAGCGGCCGAUUUAGAAGACGCCACCCGAGAAAUGAACUAUCAACCAACGGCAGAACACCUGCUGCAAUUGAAGGUAUUAGCAAUGAAGCCCCGCUAAACACGCAAACCCGUAACAAGCAGAAACGAAAGCUUUCUAGUGAUCAGGGAGGAUCACAAACGCGAAGCACCGACGGUGAGAAAUCAGUCGAAAAGAAACGAAAAAGAUCCAGGGGCUAAAAGAGUCUUUUGAGUACCUCACGUAGAAAUGCUGGUUACCUGCUCGCUAACCUUAUAUCUAAUUCGAGUUUAGGGCAUUUUUUCGGAAAACUCAUGAAUAAAGCUGAGCUGCUUACGUUGAUUUCAAGGGGAGGGAGCUACCUCGUUCCUUCCGAUUGUGCCUGUGUUGUGAAAGUUUCUAUCAAGAAUACGGCAUUUUAUUCUUAAUUAAGAAAUACGAGCACCUAUUGAAAAGAGCUAACUAGUUGUCGCAUUACGAAUAUCGA